ACGACGGCUAAUUGCGCUGCCAGAAGUUUCUGACGGCAUCCUCCGAUACCACCGACUCCUCCAUCCAUAUAUAUAUACGAAUUUAGAACCCUAAUCUGCUCAUUCCAUCUCUCAGUUCUGUCUAAUUAUCGGAAUCUAACACUCAUUUCUUAAGAUGUGGAAUCGAACCUUCCAGAAAACCGAUGUGGAAUCGGGAGCGAGUGAACCGCUGUAUCCAACGAUGGUGGAGUCGCCGGAUCUCCGGUGGUCUUUUAUUCGUAAGAUAUACUCGAUCGUCGCAAUACAAUUACUUCUCACCGUCGUAGUCGGUGCCGUCGUCGUCUCUUAUCAUCCGAUCGUUACUUUCCUCACAACUACCAGAGGCGGACUCGCUUGUUAUAUUCUUAUCAUCGUUACUCCUUUCAUCACUCUGUGCCCAUUGUCUUGCUAUUAUCAACGUCAUCCUGUAAACUAUGUGUUGCUUGGGAUCUUCACCAUUGCUCUUGCUUUUGGUAUUGGUUUGUCGUGUGCUUUCACUAGCGGGAAGGUGAUUCUGGAAGCUGUUAUUCUAACUGCAGUCGUCGUUGUGAGUCUCACUUUAUUCACAUUUUGGGCGGCAAAGCGUGGCUCCGACUUCAAUUUCUUGGGUCCUUUCUUGUUUGGUGCUCUUAUGGUGCUUAUCGUCUUCUCCUUCAUUCAGAUAUUGUUUCCUCUGGGAAAGAUUUCAGUGAUGAUUUAUGCCGGUCUUUCUGCUAUAAUCUUCUGUGGUUAUAUUGUAUAUGACACCGAUAAUUUGAUCAAGCGGUACUCAUAUGACGAGUACAUUUGGGCUGCUGUGGCUCUUUACCUGGAUAUCAUCAAUCUUUUCAUUUCUUUGCUUACCAUAUUUAGAGCCGUUGACCGGUAGACGGAUGAUGGUUGUUUUCGGUAUGUUAAAUUCGUACACAAAUUGUAUCUCGAAAGAAUUUGAUAUGAAAAUGUUGAUAGUAAAUGGAGUUUAUCCUUGUUGCAAUAUUUCAAAGAUGGCAUAUUCUUAUGUGAGGUU